CAUUCCAUCAUUUUUUAGAGUAAUACACACUAGAGAGUUCUCCCACUUCCUUUGUCUUUGUUCUUGUUCUUUGCUUUCAAGUGAGUUGAGAGAAAGGCUGCCUAGCGCUCUAACGGAAUUGAGAGCUAGGGCCGCACGAUCGAGAGUAAGGUCGUGACAAGUGGUAUCAGAGCCUGGUUCGGCUUUGUGCUAGCAAAGUUGAACCUAGAGCCAGAAGGAAAGGAAGAACCUCACCAAAAAUGUCGGGAUCAGAAGUUCACGACGAUGAGAGGCAUCGUGGAAGGGAUGCCGUAAAGAAUACCAAACCAAAGGGUGAGAAGUCAAGCACUCGUGAUCCUAUGACGUCUCUAGAGAGGCGUGUCUCUAGAAUGGAGGUGAAGUUGGCAGAAGACAUCAGUGCCAUCGAAGAUUUGGGAGCAAACUUCACCCAAGUCGAAAGCGAUUUUCAAGGUAUGAAUGCUCGUUUGUCGAGCUUGGAGGUUGGUAAUGAUGGCUUACGAGAAGAGCUUGUGGCCCUCAUCAACAACACCAUCACCACAUCCUUGAACAACGCCGUUGGAGUUGUGAAAGAGCAAGUCCAGGCUGAACUGAUCGGCGUGAAGGAGGAGAUUGCAGAUCUCAAGAGUGAGGUCACUCUCGUGAAGAGAGCCAUGGCUAGCGGACCAGCCACGGUGCAAUCCGUCCCACGUGCUGAUAUUCCAAGACCAAAGAGCUUCGGAGGUUCACGGAAUGCGAGGGAGUUAGAGAACUUCCUUUGGAGUCUUGAGCAGUACUUCAAGGCGUCCGGCAUCCAAGAGGAUGAGGUAAAGAUUCGUACCGCUCCACUUUACUUGGUUGAUGUUGCCAUGGUGUGGUGGAGGCGACGUGAAGCGGACGUCGAGAAAGGUACUUGUGUGAUGGUAACGUGGGAAGAUUUCAAGAGAGAAAUCAAGAAGCAGUUCUACCCAGAGAACGUGGAGUUUGAAGCCCGUUCGAAGUUGAGAAGACUCACCCAGAGGGGUGGAGUUCGAGAAUACGUGAAAGAAUUCUCGGAGCUGCUUCUAGAGAUCCCGGACAUCACGGACAAGGAGGCCAUGCACGGCUUUCUUGAUGGGCUGCAACCAUGGGCCAAGAUGGAGAUGCAACGUCGAGGAGUGCAAGACCUUGCAACUGCCAUGGCCACGGCAGAGUCUUUUGUCGAGUACAAACGACAAGAGAGCAGCGGCAGAGAGAAGAGUUCGAAGCCCAACAAAGGUGGAGAACAGCAGAAGCCUUUCAAGGAGGGUUCUCGCACUCAACAACACCAAGGUGGUUCGAGCAAAGGGGGUAAGUACGAGCCAAAACCCAUGACUUGUUUCCUUUGCGACGGACCACAUCGAGUGCGAGAUUGCCCAAGAAAGGCGAGAUUAGCAGCCAUGGAAGCUCAAGAUGAGGAGCCCAAGGCGGCGGAGGCCAAGAUUGGCUCAAUCCGCAAGCUUGGCGCGGCGAAGACCGACGUCAAGGAGAGCAAGCGGGGGAGGUGCUAUGUUCUGGCGCAGUUCAUGCAAGGCGAGUCAAAAGCCUUGGUGGAUACCGGUGCCACGGACAACUUUCUUCGUGUCGAAGAGGCAAACCGGCUGGGUAUUGCCUACGAGAAGGGGCAAGGGAGGCUCAAGACGAUCAAUUCAGAGUCCAUCCCGAUCCAUGGAGUUGCUCACAACGUACCAAUGAAGCUUGGCGGGUGGGAAGGCCUCAUCGACUUUUCCGUCGUCACCAUGGACGAUCACCCAGUCAUCCUCGGCAUCCACUUCCUCGACAAGGAGGGAGUGCUUUUGAAGCCCAACUCCAACACGAUGUGCUUGGAGAAAGAAGGGGAGUUCCAUUCGGUUCAUCUCUUGAGAGAAGAUGGUCCCCAUAGUGCUCUAUCGGCCAUGCAAGUGGUGAAGGGGUUCAAGAAGAAUGAACCAACCUUUCUUGUGUCCUUGAAAGUGGAGGAAGAAGGAGGCUCAACGGGAAUCACAACUCCCAUCAUCGAAGGUGUCCUCGAAGAGUUCGAUGAUGUGAUGCCAUCGGAGUUGCCCAAGAAGCUGCCACCAAGAAGAGAGGUGGACCACAAGAUCGAGUUGGAGCCAGGAGCGAAACCCCCUUCGCGAGCACCAUACCGCAUGUCGCCACCGGAGUUAGAAGAAUUGCGGAGGCAACUCAAGGACUUGGUGGACGCAGGCUACAUGCGGCCAUCGAAGUCACCUUUUGGAGCACCGGUGCUGUUCCAAAAGAAGAAGGAAGGGUCGUUGCGGAUGUGCAUCGACUAUAGAGCCAUCAACAAGUUGACAGUGAAGAACAAGUGGCCGAUUCCCAACAUUGCCGUCUUGUUCGACCAGCUUGGAGAUGCGAUGUGGUUCACCAAGCUAGAUCUUCGCUCGGGCUACUAUCAAGUGCGGAUAGCAGAGGGCGACGAGCCAAAGACGGCUUGUGUGACGAGGUAUGGCUCUUACGAGUUUCUUGUGAUGCCAUUCGGUCUCACCAACGCACCAGCCACGUUUUGCACUUUGAUGAAUCAAGUGUUCGAGCCAUUCUUGGACCGGUUUGUCGUGGUCUACUUGGAUGACAUCGUCGUGUAUAGCAAAACACUCGAUGAGCAUGCCGAGCAUCUACGCCAAGUCUUCCAAGUCCUUCGCGACAACGAGUUGUACGUCAAGAGGGAGAAGUGCACAUUUGCCGCCACGGAGGUUCCAUUCUUGGGGCACGUCAUUGGUGGAGGCAAGUUGAAGAUGGAUGGAGCGAAGGUGCAGGCAAUCCAAGAAUGGGAGCCGCCGACGAAGGUGCCAGAGUUGCGGUCAUUCCUCGGCCUUGCCAACUACUAUCGGAGGUUUAUCAAGGGCUACUCCAACAUUGCAGCACCCUUGACGGAUCUCUUGAAGAAGAACAAGGCGUGGGAUUGGUCGGAAAGGUGCCAAGAAGCGUUCGAGGCCUUGAAAGCAGCGGUGAUGAAGGAGCCCGUGCUCGUGCUCCCCAACCCGACGUUGGCCUACGAAGUGCAGACCGAUGCGUCCGACUUUGCAAUCGGGGGCGUGUUGAUGCAAGAUGGGCAUCCCAUUGCCUUCGAGAGUCGGAAGCUCAGCGAGACGGAGAGGCGAUACACCGUUCAAGAGAAGGAGAUGACGGCCGUGGUGCAUUGCUUGCGCACAUGGAGGCACUACUUGUUGGGGUCAAAGUUCGUAGUGAAGACGGACAACGUGGCAACGAGCUACUUUCUGACGCAGAAGAAGCUCACCCCUAAGCAAGCAAGGUGGCAAGACUUUUUGGCCGAGUUCGACUUCGUCAUGGAGUACAACCCAGGCAAGGCGAAUUCCGUUGCCGAUGCUCUUAGCCGCAAGAGUGCAGCCGCAAGCAUCAGCCAGCCCACGUUUCCUUUGAAGGAGCGGAUCGUUGAAGGCCUUGGCCAUGACCCCUUCGCCAAAACCGUAGCAGAGUACAUUGAGCAAGGUAAAACUCGGCGGUUUUGGAUGAAGGAUGGGCUCAUCAUGACCAAGGGAGAGCGGAUGUUCGUGCCAAGAUGGGCCAACUUGAGGAAGGAGAUCAUGAAGGAGUGCCAUGAUUCCAAGUGGGCGGGCCAUCCCGGCAUCGAGAGAACGCAAGCGCUCAUCGAAGAAGCAUAUUUCUGGCCGCGUAUGAGAGACGACGUGGAGAUGUAUGUGAAGACUUGUCUUGUGUGCCAACAAGACAAGAUGGAGCAGAGAAGCCCGGCAGGCUUGCUAGAGCCCUUGCCCACGCCUCAACGACCAUGGGAGAGUGUGAGCAUGGACUUCAUCAUCGGACUUCCCAAAGUCGAUGGAUGCGGUUGCAUCAUGGUUGUGGUGGACAGAUUCUCGAAGUAUGGAGUGUUCAUUCCUGGGCCAAAAGACUUAACGGCGGAGGAUGCGGCACGCCUAUUCUUCAAGAACGUGGUCAAGUAUUGGGGCAUUCCUAGCAGCAUCGUGAGCGACAGAGAUGGGCGCUUCACGGGCAGAUUUUGGCGAGAGUUGUUCAAGAUCAUGGGCUCAAACUUGAACUUCUCGACGGCAUUUCAUCCUCAAAGCGACGGACAGACGGAGCGGGUGAAUGCCUUGUUGGAAGUGUACUUGCGGCACUACGUGAGUGCAAACCAACGAGAUUGGGUGAAGUUGAUGGACACGGCACAGUUCUCCUACAACUUACACCGCAGCGAGUCGACCAACACAAGUCCAUUCGAGUUGGCGACGGGGCAGCAACCUUUGACACCUACGACGGUGGCAACGGGGUAUAGAGGCAACAGUCCGGCGGCCUACAAGUUCGCUAAAGGUUGGCACGAGAAGAUGGAGAUGGCCAAGUCUUACUUAGCCCGCGCUAGUAAGAAGAUGAAGAAAUGGGCGGACAAGAAGCGACGGCACUUGGAGUUUGAAGAGGGAGACAUGGUGAUGGUCAAGUUCUACCCUCAUCGCUUCAAGCAUCUCAAGAACGUGCACAAGGGACUGCUUCGCCGCUACGAAGGGCCAUUCCCCAUCGUGAAGAGGAUUGGCAAUGUGGUAUACAAGGUAGAGCUGCCGACGCACUUGGAGAUCCAUCCGGUCUUUCAUGUGAGCCAACUCAAACCUUACCACGAAGACAAGGAGGACGAGCAGCGAAGGGAGCCGCAGCGCGCACCAACACUCGUCACCAAGACACACGACCAUGAAGUCGAAGAAAUCAUGGCGCGUCGUGUCAUUCCUCGUCGCGGCGUACAUCCAAGCUUUGUGGAGUACUUAGUCAAGUGGCGCAACCUUCCGGAGAGUGAAGCAACAUGGGAGAAAGAGCUCACGCUUUGGAAGAACAAGGACUUGAUCGAGGCAUUCCAUCAAGAGGACGCGACGAGGGCGUCGCGAGCAUAGGUGGGGGAGGAUGUCACAUGUGGCAGAUGACAUGGCGCCAACAAGGUGACAACAUGGCAGCAGCACAUGUGGCAUGCAUGGAAGACUAGUAGCAUAGAGAUGCUCCUAGGAUUCUCCACCAUAAUGUAGAGCUUUAUAGUGCACUUAUGAGUCACAUAAUGGUGACAUUGAUAGAGUGCAUAAUGGGGGGACUUAAUGGGGUGUAUUGAUGUAGUAGAGGGACUUAAUGAGGGGCAUUGAUGCCUUGUAUGUGGAGAGGCCUAUAUAAGGAGCCAUCUCCCUCAUUUGUACUCAUUCCAUCAUUUUUUAGAGUAAUACACACUAGAGAGUUCUCCCACUUCCUUUGUCUUUGUUCUUGUUCUUUGCUUUCAAGUGAGUUGAGAGAAAGGCUGCCUAGCGCUCCAACGGAAUUGAGAGCUAGGGCCGCAUGAUCGAGAGUAAGGUCGUGACAGACACCAGCGGUGAAUGGCCAGAAAGUAUUCAUCGCUUCCCACGAGCGCGGUUGACACGCUAAAGCACAACACCAAACUGCGACCAAGUGUAAUCGCAGUCUGGAAAUGCAGUAAAGUGGCAAGCUCUAUUUGUCAACCCGGGCCUAGAUCUACUGCCUACUCCGUGACUAUCUAUUAUCUAGCAAACUAAGUCGAGUGAUUGUGGUUUUAACUAAAAGCAGUAAGAAAGCAGGAAAUGGUAGGCCGAUUUGACUCGCUCCUACCGUCACUCUAGAAAAUGGCCAAGUGUAACCACUUCCUAAAGCGUAGUAUAGCGGGUUUGGGUUUUAAUGUCAACCCGGGUCCUAUAUGUGAUGACUACUCAGCGAAUUCUUAUUAUCCAGCGGUGAAACUUUAGUGCAGGUUCAAACAAGCAAGCAACUAAACGGUUGUUUUCAAUUCGAGAGAGGUCACCCGGAUAUUGUUCCCCCUAGACUGCAGUUAAGCCGGAUUGCAAUUUACCAAGUUCAGUUCUAUGAUAGUUAUACUGCGGGAGGUUCUUAAACAGUCUGAAGUCUCGACUAAAGGUCUCCAGACCCUCUCAAUCUGAGUCCCCAGCGGCCAGCGGGCGACUAACCUCCAUUGGAGUAAACAGAUUGAGGCCCUAACGAACCAAACCUCCACUACCGAAGUAAAUUCGGUACAGAAUAGUGAAUUAAUUGGCUCCUCGACUAAAGUCGCCAAUUCACUACCUUCAAUUAAGGGUGCUCUAUCAACCUAGGCAGAUAUUCUCUUUCUAGGCUAAAGCAGAAAUAACAGGAAUUUGAUCAGGAUUCAAGUCAUUCAAUCAUUCAAGCCUCAAUUGAAUAUAAUCAAAUCAUAAAAUCUGUACUUGGGUUCAUACAAUCAGACCUAACAUAUAAAUCUAGGGUUCUCCAUACCUAGAUGAAUGAGAAAACUACUCCAUGGAGAGAGAAGCAAAAGCAGAUUCAUAUGCGGAAACCAUACUGUGAAGGAUGGGUUUCUGCUCCUGGUCGCCAAUCGGCACUUCUCCAAGUGUGAGCCGAGCUCCAAUGGUGAUGAAGAUCAAGCUAGGGCACUUGGGAACUCUGGUUCGUCGCUUUCUCUCUCUAGGAAUCGCUCUGUCUCUCUAAAACUCGGAACUCCCUCUCUUUUGGCUCAAAUCUGCCUAAAAGGGUAACCCUGGGCAAAACACGGUCGAGGGCACGGCCGUGAUUUGUUGCUGCCCGCCCGUGCCCUUGCCACGUGUUAAAAACACAGCCACACCUUGGGGAAAACACGGUCGUGCCUAAUGAUGGACACGGUCGUGUUUUGAGUCAGUCCCGCCCGUGUUUUGGGUCAGCGCCGGACAAUCUUGGAUCAAGUCUCGGCAGUAAAAACACGGUCCAGGA